CUAGAACCCACCCCUAAUCCAACGUAAUCACUGUCUCGACAUUCAAAAUCUCUCCCUCACUCACUCAUUGUCUCGUUCUCUCUCGCCCUUGCGAUUAGGGUUUCUCUCUCUCCUCUUUCUCUCUCUAGAUUCACACGAUGAUGCAACCUGGGGCAGGCGGUGUGGCUCCGUCAGCAUUAGGCCAGCAGUACGGGCAGCAGCCCUACAUGAUGAUGGCGCCGCCUCCCCCGCCGACGGCCCAGGCACCUCCAAUGUGGGCCCCGCAGUCCCAGGUGGCCCCACCGCCUGGGCAGCUCGUCCAGCAGCAGCCCCAGCCAGCCUCCGCCGACGAGGUCCGUACGCUCUGGAUCGGCGACUUGCAGUACUGGAUGGAGGAGACCUAUCUCUACAAUAUUCUUGUUCACACCGGCGAGCUUGUUUCUGUGAAAGUCAUCCGCAAUAAGCAAACUACACAAUCAGAGGGUUAUGGAUUUAUUGAAUUCAGUAGCCGUGCUGCUGCAGAAAGAGUACUUCAGUCGUACAACGGUACCCCUAUGCCAAAUGGUGCCCAGAAUUUCAGAUUGAACUGGGCAUCUGCAGGGGAGAAGCGUUCUGAUGAUACCCCUGAUUAUACCAUAUUUGUUGGAGACUUGGCUUCUGAUGUGACGGAUUACAUGCUUCAAGAGACAUUCCGGGCCCGUUUUCCCUCAUGCAAAGGUGCCAAGGUUGUCAUUGACAGGCUCACAGGGCGCACCAAGGGAUAUGGGUUUGUUAAGUUUGGAGAUGAGUCCGAACAGUUGCGUGCCAUGACUGAGAUGAAUGGAGUUCUCUGCUCAACAAGGCCUAUGCGAAUUGGGCCAGCUGCUAACAAAAAUGCUGGGGGUAGUCAGCAAUAUUCAAAAGGUUCAUAUCAGAAUUCUCAAGGUUCAAAGAAUGAGAGUGAUCCGAACAAUACAACUAUAUUUGUAGGUAACCUGGAUGGUAAUGUUACUGAUGACCAUUUGAGACAAGUCUUCAGCCAGUACGGUGACCUAUUACAUGUGAAGAUACCAGCGGGCAAGCGAUGUGGGUUUGUUCAGUUUCAAGACAGAAGCUGCGCUGAAGAAGCAUUGCGCGUGUUAAAUGGAUCUCAGUUGGGUGCACAAAAUAUCCGACUUUCAUGGGGCCGCAGUCCUUCAAACAAGCAGCCUCAGGCAGAUCCAAACCAAUGGAAUGGCGGUGGCUACUAUGGAUAUGCACCCACUCCCGAUGGUUAUGGGUACGCCCAAGUUUCUCAAGACCCUAGCAUGUACUAUGGAGGAUAUCCUGCUGGGUACAGUAAUUACCAACAGCCGCCACAGCAGCAGCAGCAGCAAGUGGGAUAUAGCUGAGUGUUGAGAGCGUUUUUCAGUGUUCACUAGAGACCGAUAAUAAUAUUGUGAUACUGAUUGAGGCUGAACAUCUUUCUAUGUUUUAUGAGAAGUACUUUUUGCGAUGUGAUCUUGUAUUGCCAAGAUUGCAUGUUUACUUAUGGAAAGCCUUCUGGAAUAUCUCUU